CAGCAGUUCCUGCAGUGGCCUCCAGGUCCUGUGCUGCGGAGCCGACUGGCCGCUGGGGGUCAAGUGCAGCCCUGACCAUGGGCAACGCGCAGGAGCGGCCGUCAGAGACAAUCGACCGCGAGCGGAAACGCCUGGUGGAGACGUUGCAGGCGGACUCGGGUCUGUUGCUGGACGCGCUGUUGGCGCGAGGCGUGCUUACCGGGCCCGAAUACGAGGCGCUGGAUGCACUGCCUGAUGCGGAGCGCAGGGUGCGCCGCCUGCUGCUGCUGGUGCAGAGCAAGGGCGAGGCCGCCUGCCAGGAGCUGCUGCGCUGCGCUCAGCAUACGGUGCGCGCGCCGGACCCCGCCUGGGACUGGCAGCACGUGGGCCCGGGCUACCGGGACCGCUACUACGACCCUCCGUGCCCUGGCCAUUGGUCUCCUGAGGCACCCGGCUCGGGAAACGCAUGCCCCGGGUUGCCCAGAGCUUCAGACCAUGACGAGGCUGGGGUCCCUGAGGGCUCUGAGGCGGUGCAAUCCGGGACCCCAGAGGAACCAGAGACAGACCUGGAAGCUGAGGCCUCUGAAGGAGCUGGGCCAGAGCCAGAGUCCUAUCUAGAUCAGGAACCGGAACUGGAGACAGAACCAGAACCCCAGAUGGAUCCGGAACCGGACGCAGAACCGGAGCUGGAGCCCGAGCCCGAGCCCGAGCUCGAGCCUGACUUUGAGGAGGGGGACGAGUCCGAAGAUUCCUGAAGACGAGAGCACUGAGACUGGCUGUUCCCUGCCCAAGGUACAUAGGAGCUGGGAUCCUGCUGGAGCUAGAUCGGAUCCCACCAAGUGUUCCUCCAACCUAGAACCUCUGGCAGUGAAUAAA